AUGAAAUUUUUUGCAGUGCAUCCAAUUGGAUUUGAGCUCAAAGAUCCUUUAAAGGUGAUCCCAGCAACUAAGAUCUCUGUCGUCUUGUGCGCUGCAAUCUACUUCGCUACUGGAUUGUUCGGGUAUCUUCUGUUUGGAGAUGCAACAAUGUCGGAUAUUCUAGUGAACUUUGACCAGAGCUCUGGUUCUUCCAUUGGUUCUCUCUUCAACGACGUUGUCAGGCUCAGCUACGCGCUUCACCUCAUGCUUGUCUUUCCUCUCAUGAACUUCUCGUUGAGAGCAAACCUCGACGAGCUUCUGUUCCCAAAGAGGUCAUCAUUGGCAAAAGACUCGACAAGAUUCAUCGGACUCACUCUGGCUUUACUAGUUUGCUGUUUCUUGUCCGCGAUCGCGGUACCAGACAUUUGGUAUUUCUUUCAGUUCUUGGGAUCAACCACCACGGUCUCAAUAGCAUUCAUUUUUCCAGCAGCCAUUGUUUUAAGGAAUGUGCAUGGUGUGUCCACUUCAAGAGAGAAGACUGUAGCUGCGAUAAUGCUUGUUCUCGCUGUUGCCACUAGCACCAUCGCCAUUUCGACGAAUUUAUACAGUCUCACAGUCACAGCAAACUGA